CCCCGCCCCGGAAGCGGCACCCACGUGAGGGCGGCGGUGGCUGCUGGGCACGCGGCGCAGCCUGCAGCCUUUCCAGCGGCGGAGCGGUGCCGCGUGCGGUCUGAGCCGGGCCAAGCGGCGCAGCUGGUGAAAAUGGCUGAAAAUGGAGAUGGUGAAAACAUGUCUAUCUUGGAGAGCAAAAUCUGUCAGCAAAUUGAGUACUAUUUUGGCAAUCACAACCUACCAAGAGACAAGUUCCUAAAGGAACAGAUCAAAUUAGAUGAUGGUUGGGUGCCUUUGGAAGUAAUGAUCAAAUUCAACAGGUUAAGUCGCCUUUCGAAAGAUUUUGGUGUUAUAGUAGAAGCACUAAGAAAAUCCAAGACUGGUCUAAUGGAAAUAAAUGAAGACAAAACUAAAAUCAGAAGAUCUCCAAAUAAACCCCUUCCUGAAUUAAACGACCAAUACAAAGCUGCAAUUAAAAACAGAUCUGUAUAUGUUAAAGGCUUUCCAUUAGAUGCAACUCUUGAUGAUAUCAAAGAAUGGCUGGAGGAUAAAGGUCCAGUUGAAAACAUUCAAAUGAGGAGAACACUGCAGAAAACAUUCAAGGGGUCAAUAUUUGCAGUGUUUGAUAGUGUUGAAUCUGCCAAGAAGUUCACAGAAAUCCCAAACCAAAAGUACAAAGACACAGAGCUGAUAGUGCUUUUCAAGGAAGAGUAUUGUACAAAGAAGAAUGAAGAAAGGAAACAAAACAAAGUAGAGGCCAAAGCAAGAGCUAAACAGGAAAAAGAAGCAAAACAGAAACAAGCAGCAGAUGCUGAGAUGAAAUCUCUAGAAGAAAAGACAGGAUGUCUUUUGAAGUUUUCCGGUGAUUUAGAUGAUCAAACAUGCAGAGAAGAUCUCCAUGCAGUAUUUUCUGACCAUGGAGAAAUCAAAUGGAUACACUUCGUAAGAGGUGCAAAAGAGGGAAUUAUCCUGUUUAAGGAUGCUGCAAAAGAAGCUCUGGAAAAAGCUAAGGAAGCACAUAAUGGAAACUUACAGCUUCGGAACAAAGAUGUUACUUGGGAAUUGCUAGAAGGAGAUGCAGAGAAAGAAGCUCUGAAAAAAAUACUAGAAGAUCAGCAGGAAUUGCUGAAACAAAAAGGAAAAGGACGCAAACUUAAAGGAAGAGGGGGGAAGACACCUCAAGGUUCACACAAAGGGAAGGUACAGUUUCAGGGCAAGAAAAUAAAGUUUGAGAAUGAGGAAGAAGGCGAAGAUGAUACUAAAACAGAACCAGUAAGUCCUAAGAAGAGACCACUAGAAGAAACAGAAAAAGAAGAAUCUGCACCAAAACAACUGAAAACAGAAAAUGGAGAUGGAGCUCAGUAAUACUAAAGUAAAAAUACCAUUGUUUUUAUUAGUUCAUUUUAAAUAGGUUUUAAAGACAUGCUUCAGUUCAGGAGUUUCUGGUAGAAAAUCUAAUGAAAUCCACUUCAAUGUCAACCUAUAAUGAGAAGAGACCUUCAUUUCAUUGGGUUACAACUUCUUGUUGUUGUUAAAGCAGCAUGCUUAUUCUUAAGGUGCCACUCUGGAAAACUCUUUUGUAUGUAUAGUUUUGUUUAUACUGUCAAUGCUCUCAAAUUCUCUGGCAUCCCAUUCAAAUGUAAAAGGUUCCUGACUUCAUAAUCUCAAAGUGAUAUUACAUAGUAGCUACCAAUAAAUUCGGAACUGAAAACUGCUCA